AUGGAAGACGCCAGAGCACCAGAGCCUGAUGGCACAGCGGUGGCGGAACCACUUGAGCCGCUGCAGCGUGGUGAGGCUGUCAUUUUUGGGGAAGGCCGACAGGGUGUUAUCACGCGGGCCUAUGUCCUAGAGGACAAGUACGCUGUCCGAGCGGAUGGCGCAGCUCGAGAGGUCAAGGGGCCCAACAACAGCUUUUUCUAUUUCAAGCGCCAGGACCUUCAACGCGUCUUGCCGCUGAACGGGGGAGGUAUGGACACGUUUGCCGAACUGGCAUCGAAUGGCGAGCCUCCAGAAAAGAAGCCGCGGCUUGAACCUACAGAGGCACCGUUGGCAGUCCCCACAGGUCCUCCUCGGUUUGAGGGUCGCGUUAAGUGGUUCAGCAAAGAGAAGGGCUUUGGCAAGAUUUUGCCAAGUGCAGCAGCUGGCCAGUUGGUCGACGAGGUGUUUGUCCACAAGAGUCGCUUUGAGGGAGGACCAGAGGGACCUCAUGCGCAGGCAGUCUCCGAAGGGGUUUUGGUCACCUACGAAGUGAUCACUUCUCAAGUUGACGGGAAGCCGACUGCGUGCAACGUGCAGGUUGCAGGAGUGCGAUCCGCAUCUGCACCUGACAAGAACGCAGGACAGAAGGAUGCCCUUAUCCGCAAGCUGCUGAUAAACGGCAUGCAGAUUGGCACUUUCCAGGAAAAAGGCGUUGGGAAGCCUCACAUGGAGGAUCGCUUGAUCAUCCGGGCCGGGAUUCCGGUGGAGUCAGUUGGCGCUGGCUGCAAGAAGACUGUCGUCUCCUUGUUUGGCGUUUUCGAUGGUCACUCUGGUGCAUCUUGCAGUGACUUCGUCGCCACAAACUUGGACCGCGUGGUGUUCGAGUGUAUCCGUCACCAGAACAAGAGGGAGGUCAAUAGCGAUUUGGCCAUGCGAUCUGCCCUGCUAGCAGCUUUCCGUACAACGGAACACAAUUUCUUCCAGUACGCGAACAGGCUUGAUGCAGGACCUGCAGCAGCAUGGACGAAUGCAGGAAGCACAGCUUGUACUUGCACGUUCUACGGUCCAGAUGAGGAUGGUCGCUUGCGUUUGGCAGUGGCCAACGCUGGGGAUAGCCGUGCCGUACUGGGCCGGAAGGAUUGCAGAGCAGUUCGGCUGUCCGAAGAUCAUACGCCCGAUGUACCUGGUGAGCGCAAGCGUAUUGAGAAUGAAGGUGCAGCUGUAGUGCAAGCCAGCGGCAUUUGGAGAAUUGUGUUGCCUAGCAAGAAAGGUACUGGACUUGCUGGUUUGUCAGUGUCGCGUGGAUUCGGAGACAUUGAAUACAAGACGGGCACCAACGUGGUGAGCGCUGUGCCCGAUGUUUUCUUGUCAGCGCUAGACUUGCGUGAGGACUGCUUCGUGGUCAUAGCCAGCGACGGAGUUUGGGGUCCGGUCUCGGACGGUGAGGCCGUGAGGAUCGUGGCCGGGGCAUUGCGCGAAGGUGGAGAGGCCGGCGGGAACCCCAAACAGCAGGAACUAUGUAUGUUACUCAAUUUGUGUUCUUGCUUCAUACAGUAA